CAACAAAAUCGAUUUCAACUUCCAAUGAAAAACAAUGACAAAGCACAGCUUAGAUGUACCCCGCGCUCAACUCGGGCCACGACCGGUAUCAGAAGCCAGGUCUUAUGAGUGGUCAGACUAGCUGGAUGAUAUAUUUUGUGAGGGAAUAUAAAACCUGAACGACCGAUGGGGAAUCACGCACAUUUCAAAAAUGACGGAGCUGAAUGAAGUCAAGGUUGAGACCCUCUUGAGCAUCAUCAACUCCUCCGCGCGCGAAGCAAUGGCGGAAUACAAGAACACUGGACAUGGUGUCCCCGGUAUCGACUCAGGCACCUUCCACCCCCUAGACUUCGCGACAGAUACACUUACCCUCAGAAAGGCAAUCCGGCUUCUCGAGGGUGCGUGCGAGCAAUUGAACACAAUAUUAGCUCCCCCCCAACACACAGCAUAUAAUUCUGUUAGUAAUUAUAAUUGGGCGUGCAUGGACGUCGCCGCGCAAUCAUGUAUUGCAGACGUCUUGGAAAAUCACCCGGAGGGUCUUGGUGUGGAUGCGUUGGCUGACGCAGUCAAUCUCGAUAAGACCAAGAUCACACGCGUCUUGCGAUUUCUGUCCCUCAUGGGUUGUUUCAAAGAAGUUAAGCGAGACGUAUUCACAAACACGCGACUCUCCCUCGUGCUCAAAUCAACAAACAACGUUGGGUGUUGUAUACGGAACCACCGAAGAUGCCCCAAAUAUGCUGCGGCUCUCUAUGAGACCAUGACCGACCAAGAGUUUGCAAGAUCGCACGAGGUUGAAAAGGCCCCUCGAGCAUUUGUUCUCGGAAAGCAAGGCAAAAACAACAACUUCUGGGAAAUGGACGAUAAGGCACGCGAAAUAUUCCACAGAAGCAUGAUAGGCCAUUCUGAGGUCCAUGGCUCGUAUGCGGCACUGCAUUAUUACCCUUGGGACAAUGUAUCAUCUGUUGUGGAUGUUGGAUCUGGAACCGGAACAGUGUCUAUCCCUCUGGCGAAAAUGUUUCGUCAUCUCAAAAUAACCAAUCAAGAUCUCCCAGAAACUAUAAAGCUGUCAAGAAAUAUAUGGGAGAAGAAUGCUCCUGAGGUGCUACUCGACGGGCGCGUAGAGUUCGUGACAUUGAAUUUCUUGGAGGAGUCGCCUGUUGCUGGAAAGGAUGUUUACUAUUUAAGGAGCAUCAUUCACGACUGGCCGGACAAUGAGUCAAGAGUGAUUCUCAACAAUAUUCGCAAAGCAAUGGGACCAAACAGCCGAGUGUUGAUUCAGGAUUACGUGCUAUUGCGCACAUUCGAAGAGCCUGACGUAGGGACUGACGAGUCUACUAAGGCGCCCGAACCUACAUUAUUGAACUUCGGUUGUAGCACAGCACACCAGCACGACAUGACGAUGUGGCUUCUUUUCAAUGGCAAGGAGCGAACCUUGAACGAAUUCAAGAACAUUGGGGCCAGCGCUGGUUUAGUGCUCACCCAAACCUAUGAUUUUGUGGGGACGAUGCUCUUGGAGUUCAGAAUCGCUCAGGACUGAUGUCGAACACAAUCUGCCACCAAUGGAGUAGGAUGC